UAGGGUGUUCUUGGAUGAAGCAGAGCACGCUUCUUGUGAAUUUUUCUGAAGCUUGUAAGGAUGGCAGAUCAAUCGCCCAACUUCAUUCUCAAAUCAUCAAGACUGGGCGGAUUCGUAACGCUUUCUUUGCCACCAAACUGAACAGUUUGUACGCUAAAUACAGAUCUCUAGAUACUGCACGCAACGUGUUCGACGAAACGCCGCGCCCAAAUGUACAUAUCUGGAACUCGUUACUCAGGAGCUACUGCCGGGAAAAACAAUAUGGUCAAGCUCUUCUCCUGUUUUCUCGGAUGGUGGCUUCUGCAAAACCAGACAAUCUAACCAUACCCAUCGUGUUAAAGGCGUGCGUGAGGUUGCAGGCGCUCAAGUUUGGCAAAACGAUUCACGGGUUCGUCAAGAAAUAUGACAACUUUGGUGUGGAUGUCUUUGUUGGGUCGGCUCUGGUCGAACUGUACGCAAAAUGUGGAGAGAUGAGUACUGCUUUGCGAGUGUUCGGGGAAUGUUGUGAACCAGAUGUUGUUUUGUGUACUGCAAUGGUUAGUGGAUAUGAGCGGAAUGGUGAUCCUGAAGAAGCGCUGAAAUUUUUCACUCGAAUGAUGACUGUGGAGUGUGUUAGUCCUGACCCAGUAACGCUUGUUAGCGUUGUCUCGGCUUGUGCUCAAUUGCGGAAUCUAAAGGCCGGGCUUAGUGUUCAUGGGUUCGCAAUUAGGACAGUGCUUGACAUUGGCGUGUCUUUCAGCAAUGCAUUACUGAAUUUAUAUGCAAAGACGGGUUCUGUAAAUACUGCAUAUAGUUUGUUCAGGAAGAUGGAAACGAAGGAUGUGAUUUCCUGGAGCAUCAUGAUUGCUUGUCAUGCCCAUAAUGGGGCUGCUACUCAAGCACUGGAUAUUUUUGAUGAGAUGAUUGAUAAAAGAUUUGAGCCAAAUGCAGUGACUUUGAUAAAUGCGUUGAAAGCAUGUGAAUCAACUUGUAAUUUAGAAAAGGGUAAGCAAAUCCACGAACUUGCUGCUAAGAAAGGGUUUGAAUUUGAUAUGUUGGUUUCUACAGUGUUAAUUGAUAUGUACAUGAAGUGCUCCUCCCCAGAUGAAGCAUUUGAUAUGUUUAAAAGGAUGCCUGAGAAAGAUGUGGUCAGUUGGGUUGUUAUGUUAAGUGGAUAUGUUCAUAAUGGAAUGGCAUGCAAGGCAAUGCAGGCCUUCUGCCUAAUGCUGUCCAGUGAAAUUCAACCCGACUCUAUUGCUAUGGUGAAGAUUCUAGCAGCUUGUUCAGAAUUAGGGAUUCUCCAUCAAGCUCUUUGUCUUCAUGGCUUAGUGGUUAAAGGCGGCUUCAGUUAUAAUAGUUUUGUUGUAGCCUCGCUCAUAGAAUUAUACUCAAAAUGCGGUAGCUUAGACAAUGCUGUCAAGGUUUUCGAAAACGUAGAUGAUAAAGAUCUCGUCAUCUGGAGCUCAAUGGUAGCAGGCUACGGAAUUCAUGGGCGAGGGGAUGAAGCCCUGAAAUUACUUUACCAGAUGGUCAAGAAUUCACCCGUAAAGCCUAACAAUAUACUUUUUCUUUCGGCUUUAUUUGCUUGUAGCCAUGCUGGUUUGGUUGAAGAGGGGGUGAAGUUGUUUGACAUGAUGGUCAAUGGAUACCAACUGAAACCCGAUUCAGCUCACUACGGGAUUUUGGUUGAUCUGCUUGGCCGCAGUGGAGAAUUGGAUAAAGCCAGGACCAUUAUCAACUGGAUGCCAGUCCAACCUGGUCCUGAUGUUUGGGGAGCUUUGCUUGGUGCAUGUAGGAUCCAUCAGAACAUUAAUCUGGGGGAGCUUGCAGCAAUUAAUCUUUCACAUCUGGAUCCUAACCAUGCUGGAUAUUACAUUCUGCUAUCCACUCUCUAUGCUGUUGAUGGGAAGUGGGAUACAGCAGAAAAGCUUCGAACUUUCAUUAAUGAGAAGAAAUUGAAGAAGAUGACUGGCCAGAGUGCCGUUGAGGUCAGGACUUUAGAUCUAUAACUUUGUCACUGGAGAGCAAUUUCAUCCAAACACGCGGUAAAUCUAGAUUUUCUUGAGAAAACUAGACAGGAAAAUGAGGGUUCAGGGUUACGUCCUGAUCUUCUGCUGCAAGCAAGGUGCUGAGGAAGUUUUGUAGGGCAGUAUCACCUACAUAGAAUAAUGCUAAAGGAUUUGGGACGGGCUCAUCCUAUCCAUUCCAGAGGCUAUUCCAUUGAAAGCCUAAACCGAUGGAUAACGGAUGAAUGCUAGACAUACCUCCUGGUACUCGGAAAUUGGAUGAGUCCUCAUCAUGUAAGAAAUCAGCAUGGAUUGAAGAAACCUUUGAAACUGCCCAUGUGCCAAUGCAAGGACUGGAUCAAGGGCCCAGAUUGACGCCCAUAUCCGAGGACAACUGGAUUCAAUCUUGGGAUCGUAGGACGGGUCUUUUUUAACUUGGGUAACCCCUUGGUAUACUACAUACUGUUCAUUAUUAUAGCAAUCUUGAAACUGGAUGAGUGCUGUUAAUUGAUAGAGACCUCAUCGUAAAGAAUCCAUUAGAUUCAUAUGAUUCAUUUGGUCUUUGUUGACAUCUGGGUUAGUAUCCAAGUUAACCAGAAUUUCCAAGAUUUAGAGCAGAGCAAUAGAACACUGAAAAAACUCUUUUUUUAACUGAAUAAUCGUUACGGAGACGCCAAGUAGCACUAUUGGAGGUUUGCCGCCGUAUAACGGCAAAAGCAAAAGCAGAAGCAGAGCCAGUCCUUCCUUAAAUCACGAUUCUCUGUGCCCACUUCCAUAACCUGAUUUUCAGUUUCAAUUUCUUCCUCCUUUCACACACGCACACACAUAAAUAUAUUAUAUAUAUAUAUAUAGAGAGAGAGAGAGAGAGAGAGAGAGAGAGUGGCGGCGCCCGGGGGGGCUGAAUGGGGGAAGAGAGAGAGAGAGAGAGAGAAAGCGGGUUUUGGCAACGGCAAGUUGAGUAGAACGUCAUGCGGCAUCGGAUCAGGAGAGUUAUUGGGCAGAGCAAAGUGAUAUGUUAAUCCCGGAGCCACACUCCCUAAAAGUGGCAUCUCUUGGUAUUGAUGGACAGUGACAUGAGUUUCUAUGAUUUAUAUUUAUCGUUUGUAAUUUAUCUGCUGUGUGAUCACUCACUCCUCAAAGAAAACUCUCGCUCCAUCCCUCUGCCCACGUGGCAGACACCCACUUGAUCAAAGAUUCCAAAUCAGCCAACAUGGUAGAAUUGGACGAGAAAUCUUAAAUCUAUACCAUAUUCUUAUAAAUCUUCAUUGGAUUUGGAGCAGUGUUCUAGGAUGAUGUUAUUGGUAGCAAGACGACGAUAUGACUAAAUCCCCAAGGGGAUCUUCUCUCCCCUCAAAUAUUGAAGAAGGUAUAAAGACGAAAGCGGUUACUUCUGAAAAAGGAAAGUUAAAGAUUCAAUCCAAUUGUAUUUCUAUUUCCACUCGGGACAGUCUUGGAAAGCUCAACUUGGAAUGGAAUAGCAAGUUUGCUUCCAAUCCAAACAAUCCGCACGGCAACCCCCCCCCCCCCC